CUAGUUACAGUCUUGACGGCUCUCACCCUUAAUAUCUUAUUCAGAUCAAUCACUAAUACUACUCGAACGCCAAAAUGCGUGUUCCUCAGCUCAUCCUCUCCCUCUUCCUCCUCUUUACUUUCGUCGUUGCUCUACCUGUGCCGGCACCGGUUGACGCCCUUGUUGAGCGGGCGCAAAGCGCAUCUAAGAAGAGCAGCGCGGCGGGGAGAAAGAAAGAAGCCAACGGCAUCGACAAGAACAUUAAUAUCCAGAAACAGGAGCAAAAGGAUGUCAAGAAGGUCCAAAAGGCUGAAGGCACCAAGGACUUCAAGAACCAGUCGGGUCAGCUCAACAAGGACAUUGCCAAGGGACAGAAGCAGCGCGAGAAGAACCAGAAGAACGCGGACCCCAACAACAAGAACCUGAAUGACGGCCUCAAGAAGGUCCAAGGAGCCCAGGCCAAGGAGUCAAAGCAAGCCAAGAGUCUGAAUGGCAAUAAUUCUAAGCAAGACAAGGCUACUCUUAAUAAGCUCUCUGGCGAGUUCAAGGGUGGAGAGCAGCAGAACAAGAAGAAUAAGCAGGCUGCGCUGAGUGGUGGUGGCGGUGGCAAGAAGAAGGGCGGAAGAUCCUUGGAGGGUGAGGAGACUGAGGAGAUGGAGUAGAGAAAGACUUCUCUGGUCCAGACAGAUAUCGCUUUUGACUGUUAUAGAUAGGCAAACAAUCCACGACAAGAUGAGAAUGGGCAAGUCUCGAGAUCACAAGAUGGACCUGUGCAGAGAGUUUGGAGACUGAUGCAACGAGAAUGGAAUUUGCCAUCCGUAAGGUACCUAGUAAUCACGUCUGAAGUCCUGAGUACAAUGCACUUCUACAAGCGUCAACGAUCAUUCCCGCAGCGCAUCAAUAAUUAGGGCGAAUGAUACUGUGUGAUG